AUUCUCCUACACGAAGACCCAAUCUACCCAGGAGCUUAUCUUCUCGCCUCUCCAGCUCCGGGGGUAGCCCAAGGCCGACAAGAGAGCAUCAGGGAUCCGAGCUCGAGGGUGGUUGGCUCUCGACCAGGCGUGGUGAGACGCCGCUUGCUUCCUACACUUCGUCCCCGGCCCUGGCCCUGUGGCAGGCGCUCGGUUCAAGAUGAAUCUCAACUUCACCUCCCCUCUACACCCGGCGUCAUCUCAGAGGCCCACGUCCUUCUUCAUCGAGGAUAUCCUGCUACACAAGCCCAAGCCGCUGAGGGAGGUGGCCCCUGACCAUUUCACCAGCACUCUGGCCUCCCGGGUGCCUCUGCUAGACUAUGGCUACCCACUCAUGCCCACACCCACCCUCCUGGCUCCUCACCCCCAUCACCCACUACAUAAGGGAGACCACCACCACCCUUAUUUCCUCACCACCUCGGGGGUGCCGGUCCCCGCGCUGUUCCCGCACCCCCAGCACCCGGAGCUGCCGGGGAAGCACUGCCGCCGCCGCAAAGCUCGCACGGUUUUCUCGGACUCGCAGCUCUCGGGCCUGGAGAAGAGAUUCGAGAUUCAGCGCUACCUGUCCACGCCGGAGCGGGUGGAGCUGGCCACGGCCCUCAGCCUGUCGGAGACGCAGGUGAAAACGUGGUUCCAGAACCGGAGGAUGAAGCAUAAAAAGCAGCUGAGGAAAAGUCAAGACGAGCCCAAAGCGACUGAUGGGCCGGAGAGCCCCGAGGGCAGCCCCCGCGGCCCCGAGGCCGCACCCGCCGAGGCUCGGCUGGGCCUGCCCGCCGGCUCCUUCGUGCUGACGGAGCCGGAGGACGAGGUGGACAUUGGGGACGAGGGGGAACUGGGCUCAGGGCCGCACGUGCUCUGA